UGUUAUCCUCCUCUUAGUUGUUCAACGACAGAAAAGUACAAUCUACAAAUGAACUUCUCAUAUCAUGUUCUAUGGUUUCUCGUGGUGGUUGUUUUAGAGGGGAAAUCCAUUGCCAGCACUAAAACAGGUUAGUAUUAAAUGAUGAUUUCCAAUGUGAUUUAACAAUUUUGUGUAAGGGUGGUCUUUCAACAAAGGUCACCUGGAUAAAUAACAAAUAUUGAAGGAAAAAGAGCGCAUUACACUGCUUCUGCCAAAAUCCUUCAGGUUUUAUUCUGCAACUUUACCAAGUAACUACUUUUAAACAUUACGGGGAUUGCCACAUUUAAAUGUAAAAGACUGCAAAUUCGAAAUCGAUUGGGGUAGUAGUAGUUGUAUGACGACCUCGUAUAAAAUGGCCGACUUAUACACAGUAUUUUCAGUUAUGAUCAAAGUGCUUUAUUCAUUCCUUUGAAACCAUUUAUUGCAGGCAAACCUAUAAUAACUCCGCUAUUUCCAGUCGUUGAGACAGUAAAGGAACAUUUAUUGUCGUGCACCGCCACAGGAGCGCCUCCCAUUCUGGUGAAAUUGUUUAAGGAUAACAUAAUUUUGGCAAGUGGAAUUAACAGAGUAAUUUCUCGACUAAAUGAAACGGCCAAGUACACAUGCUUCGCCAAUAACUCAUUUGGUACAGAUUCUAGAAAUUUCCAAGUUACCCUAUUA